AAAGAAAAAGCACUCUGUCGUCUGCUCGGUGGACUCCUCUCUGGCUCUCGCUAGCCCUAGCUAGGUAUCCCCGCCCGGCACCUCGCCUCGCCGUCGCCGUGUUGGUUGGUUCGAAAUCCAAACUGGAAUUUGAGCGAGCGCCGGUUUGCGGGGGUUCCCCAAAUUAAUACGUAGAGCGAGCGAGAGAGGAGGCAGCUGGGCCUGCAGGAGACCCAGGAAUAUCGUCGUCGACGCACAAUGGACCUUACCAUGCCCAUCCCAUUACCAGGUAUACCGAUGGUUUCAUCAGUGGCUAAGACGACGAGGCCAUCCUGUGAACAAGAUGGCUUUUCUGAACGCACCAAAAUAAUGCGAUAUUCAGGGCCAGACCUUCCGGAGGACAUUUGGUGUCAUAUACAUGCCCUACUACCACUGCCGGAUGCUGCCCGAGCUGGCUGCGUGUCUCGUGAAUUUUUACGUUGCUGGAGAUGCCGUCCCAAUCUCACCUUCAGUCAGGAAACACUGGGCAUGAAUCUCACCUUCUUUGAGAGACUACUGAGACUUGCAUGUGAACAGGAUAAACUAGCUUUGAAGUUCACCGAAAUAGUUGACCAAAUUAUGAAAAAACACACAGGCAGUGGUGUGAAGACAUUCAAGCUUGAAUGCUGUGGUUCUCGUAUCUACGCCAGUCGUCUCAAGAGUUGGCUUAAGAUUGCUGUUAAUCCACAGCUUGAAGAACUUGUAGUUUCGCUGCCUGUAGUAUACGAUGCAAAGCACUACAACUUCCCCUGCCCACUUUUAUUCAAUGGAAGUGGAAAGUCAAUUAGCUAUCUAAAACUCAAAGGAUGUGCCUUCCAGCCCAUGGCUGGACUUGGUUGCUUGAGAAAGAUGCAUCUGUCUGAGGUACAUAUUACAGGGGAGGAUUUGGGGUGCCUUCUUUCCAAUUCUUUUGUUUUGGAGGAGCUGGAUCUUAGCAAAUGCAAUAAUAUCACUUGCCUGAAGAUACCGUCCCUGCUAAACCAGUUCAACCACCUGACAGUGUCUAGAUGCAAAACACUGGAAGUGAUAGAGAACAAAGCUCCGAAUCUUUGCACGGUUCGUAUUGAUACUACUCUCGUACGACUUCCAUUUGGAGAUUCAUUGCGAGUGAAGAACCUAGAGAUGUUGUGGCCCUUUGAGUAUAACCUCGUUUAUUAUGCCCGUGCCGAGCUUCCACAGAUUAUGCCAAAUCUUGAAACUCUUGGCAUUUCUUCAGCUGCUGAGGUUCUUAAUACACCAAUCGUACCUGCCAAAUUCCUGCACCUCAAGCUGUUGGAGAUUUGUCUUUCUGUUGCAGAAGGGGCCUUUUCCCCAGCUUAUGAUUACUUGUCUCUAGCUUUUUUCCUGGAUGAUUGCCCUGUGUUGGAAACUUUCGAAUUGUCUGUAUGCCAGACUCGCAUGAAGCAUGAUUCUGUAUCUGGAGAUUACUCGCUUCUGAGAAAGAUGCCAGAACACCACCACGUCAGUAUCAAGAACGUGAAGAUCGAUGGCUUUUGCUCUGCAAAAAGCAUGAUUGAGCUAACAUGCCAUAUUCUUGACAGUGCAACAUCACUCGAGAAUCUUACACUAGACACCAUAUAUGGUGCUGAUUAUGAGCAUGUUGAUAGGUUGGCUGUCCACGAAAUUGGUGGUUGCAGCUCUCCUAUAGGAAAACGUAUGAUCAGAGAUGCCCACAAGGCAGUUCUGGCUAUCGAAAAAUACAUCGUGGGGAAGGUCCCCUCUAAUGUUAAGCUAAAUAUCAAGAAGCCAUGCAGUCAGUGUCAUUCUGUCAAAUGAUUUGUGACUAUCCAGUGUUUUUAUAUUAUAUAUUGUUGUAUGGGUUGCGCCUUUCCCCCCUCAUUAGUUAUAUCAACUGUUAAUUCUCAAGCCUUGUAAUCAUGAACUUUGCUGUAUUUUUUCAACUAUUAGAGUUGGCGGGUGUAAUAUGACAACAUUUUUUUUGAGAAA